AUGCUCUGAGCUGGACAGCUCCGGAGAGGGAAAUUUAAAAACGGUUCGAGCAGCGACGGCGGCCAAAUUGCAGAACGCGAGGGGCGAGCGCCAGGGAGGCCCCCUCCGGAACCCCGCGCGCCCGCCGCCGCAGGUACCGCAGUGCCGGGAGAUGAUAGGAAGUGACAUCUCGUCCAUGAUGUCGGGACUCGUCCGAAACUCGGGGCAAAGCCACCACCCCUCUGCGCAGGAAUACAGGCUCCUGGCUUCCACCAGCAAUGAAGACCUCCCCGGGGACCUGCAGUCCCUGUCGUGGCUCACGGCCGUGGACGUGCCUCGGCUGCAGCAAAUGGUAAACAGCCGCGUGGACCUGGGCGGCCCCAGGGCGCCACAUCCACACACAGGUACCCCAGCUGGGGCUGCUGACCUGCACGUGGGACCUACCCCAGGGCCCCUGCUCCCCGGUCCGGCCGGCAUGGCCCCCCGGAGCUUGCUGGGCCUGGGCCCCGUAGCCAGCCAUGGAGUCAGUAUGAGCCAGUUCUCAGUGGGCGGCCAGCCCUCACCUCGCUUACAGGACACAUCCCAGCUGUACCCACCGGCCACCCAGCCACCAUUCCCUCUCCCUCCAGGCGCCCAGCAGUGCCCUCCUGCCGGCCUCUAUGGUUCCCCAUUUGGGGCACGGCCCCCCUACCCCCAGCCCCACAUGGCUGUGCUCCCGUCUCAGGAACUCCGUCCCAAGCACUACCCCAAGCCCAUCUACUCAUACAGCUGCCUCAUCGCCAUGGCCCUGAAGAACAGCAAGACAGGCAGCCUGCCCGUGAGCGAGAUCUACAGCUUCAUGAAGGAGCACUUCCCCUACUUCAAGACAGCACCCGACGGCUGGAAGAACUCGGUGCGUCACAACCUGUCCCUGAACAAGUGCUUCGAGAAGGUGGAGAACAAGGCGGGCGGCUCCUCGCGCAAGGGCUGCCUGUGGGCCCUGAACCUGGCCCGCAUCGACAAGAUGGAGGAGGAGCUGUACAAGUGCAAGAGGAAAGACCUGGCUGCCAUCCGCCGCAGCAUGGCCAACCCCGAGGAGCUGGACAAGCUGAUCUCCGACCGACCUGAAAGCUGCCGGCGCCCCGGCAAACCCGGAGAGCCGGAGCCCCCUGGCCUGCUGCGCCCUGCCACGGCGACCAUGGCGCACGGCUGCCUGGCCGUCUCCCAGCUCCCUCCCCAGCCGCUCAGGACCCUGUCCCUGCAGUCGGUCCCCCUGAACCACCAGGUCCAGCCCCAAGCCCAUCUGGCUCCAGACUCCCCGGCGCCGGCGCAGACCCCACCCCUGCACGCCCUGCCGGCCCUGAGCCCCGGCCCCCUCCCCCACCCCGCCGUGGGCAGGGGCCCUGUGGACUUCAUCAACAUCGGCACGGACAUGAACACUGAGGUGGACGCCCUGGACCCCAGCAUCGUGGACUUCGCUCUGCAGGGGAACCUGUGGGAGGAGAUGAAGGAGGACGGCUUCAGCCUGGACGCCCUGGGGACCUUCGGAGACUCCCCGCUUGGCUGUGACCUGGGGGCCUCGGGCCUGACCCCCAUGCCUGGUGGCAGUGAGCAGGGCUUCGCAGACGUGCAGCUGACGGGUCUCUACGCUGCCUACUCCAACCCGGACGGUGUGGCCGCGGCGGGCGCCGCCUCCUCCACGCAGUACCUGGGAGCGCAGGGGAACAAGCCCAUCGCCCUGCUCUGA